AUGUUGGUAAAUGAACUGGUGGACAAACUACCGCCUAACUACAAGUUGGACUGGGUCCGAUACAAGCGGGAAAAGACAGGGACACCGCUACGGGUCUUCACGGAUUUCAUGAACGACAUCGUUGCUGAUGUGUCGGAAGUUUCCGAGUUCUCUGCUUUCGGUCUGAGCGAAGCUCCAUCUUUCGGAAAAGGAAAGCCAAGGAAAAAGGAGUUCGCGAACGUUCAUAGUUCUACCCCGAGCAAAACAGAGUUUUCGAAGGAAACGAAGGUGCUCAAGCCGUGCUGGGUCUGCAAGCGGACGGAUCACAAGUUACGAUUCUGCGAUGACUUCAAAAGGCUUUCAAUCGCAGAUCGAUGGAAGACGGUGGAACAAAAUAGACUCUGUCCGCUGUGCCUGAAUAAUCACGGUAAUAGUCGCUGUAGCUUUAAGGUUCGCUGUAACGUUGGUGGGUGUCGAGGCGAACACCAUUCUCUACUGCAUCGUAUCGAACGAGCCGUUCAACUACUAAACGUUGAGUGCCAUGCCCAUGGACGUCUGAAUCGAGCUGUCAUCUUCCGUGUGGUACCGGUUACACUCUACUUUCGGAACUACGCGAUGGAUGUGCUCGCCUUUCUGGAUGAAGGGUCGUCCACUACGCUGGUGGAGGAGUUUGUUGUCAACGAGUUGAACGCAGAGGGAGUAACCGAGCCUCUGGUCGUUACGUGGACGAGCAACGUAAAACGUUAUGAGAAUCGGUCGAAGAAAUUUGAUCUCAAGCUCUCAGCUAGGGGAUCCCGAGAAAUGCUGCCAUUGAAGAACGUUCGUUCGGUGAUAUCGUUGAAGCUGCCGAGUCAGGCCAUGCCGUAUGAGGAGAUCACGGAUCGCUACUCCCAUCUGAAGGACUUGCCGGUGAUGAGUUACGCGUUGGAGGAACCUCGCAUAAUUAUAGGCUUAGAUAACCUGCACGUGUUCGCUCCAUUGGAAACCCGCGUAGGUGAACCUGGUCAACCGAUUGCUGUGAGGUCGAAGCUUGGGUGGACCAUAUACGGACCGGAAAAUUGUACUGCUGCUGCGGAGAGCUUCGUUAACGUUCAUUCCGUCGAGGCACUCAGCAACGAGGAUCUUUACGAGAUGUUGCGAGCCCAGUACUUGCUGGAAGACACCGGUACUCCUUGCAACGCGGCAUUAGAGUCGGCGGAAAAUCUUCGCGCUCGUGAGAUCCUGCAAACGACGACAACGCGGAUCGGCGACCGAUUCGAGACAGGCCUACUAUGGCGUGAAGACAUAAGAAGCGAAGCGAAGAAUCCGGAGCUGCAACAAAACGUCCAGCAGCAAAUAGUAGAGUACGAGGUGAAGGGCUACGCGCAUAAGAUCACCAAGGAGGAACUGGCGAAGGCGGAGAAGAGUGCAGUCUGGUAUCUUCCGUUGAACGUGGUGGUCAAUCCACGGAAACCGGGAAAAGUGCGCCUGGUGUGGGACGCGGCAGCUUCGGUGAAUGGUAUUUCACUCAACACCGAACUGCUCAAAGGACCGGAUAUGCUGCAGUCGCUGCCGUCAGUAAUAAACCAUUUUCGUGAACGGCGAAUUGCGUUCGGAGGGGACAUCCAGGAAAUGUACCACCAGAUACGCAUACGGGCGGAAGAUAGGCAAGCCCAGAGGUUCCUGUUCCGGUCAAGUCCGGCUGAUGUUCCGACAGUGUACGUAAUGGACGUAGCCACAUUCGGGGCCACCUGCUCCCCCUGUUCAGCGCAGUUUGUGAAGAACGUGAAUGCCGCAGAGUUCGCAAAUGAAUUUCCCCGAGCAUCGGAUGCGGUAGCUAGAAAGCACUACGUAGACGAUUAUUAUGACAGUGUGGACUCCAUCGACGACGCGAUAAGGCUGGCGAACGAAGUGAAACAUAUCCAUUCCCGAGGAGGCUUCCGAAUUAGGAACUGGGUGUCCAACUCCCAGCAAUUUCUGGAAGCGAUAGGCGAGCAGAAGGUGAAUCCUGCCGUCCACUUCAGCAGAGACAAGAACACGCAAACCGAGCGAGUUCUGGGAAUCGUAUGGGAGCCCGAAGAAGAUGUUUUCCUGUUUUCGACUACUGGACGAGAGGAAUACCAACCGGUUCUGCAAGGGGUCAAAAGACCAACCAAGAGGAUCGUGUUGAGCUGCGUCAUGGCGAUGUUCGACCCGCAAGGGUUGCUUUCUCCGUUUACCGUUUUCGGUCGCAUGCUGGUGCAAGAUUUGUGGAGGACCGGUUGCGAUUGGGACGAGGAAAUCGACGACGAAUCGUUCCAAAAGUGGAUUCGCUGGACAAAAGUGUUGCCGAUGAUCGAAGAGAUCCGAAUUCCCCGAAGUUACUUUGGAGAUGCUAGAGCCGACCAAAUCGAGGACCUCCAGCUGCAUGUAGUCUCCGAUGCUAGCAAAGGCGCUUACGGUUGUGCGGCCUAUUUUCGAGCUGUGGUAGGAGGAAUAGUCCAGUGCGUGUUGGUGACCAGUCGAGUGAAGGUGGCUCCACUGAAACCAGUAUCAGUCCCGAGGCUCGAGUUGCAAGCGGCAGUGCUAGGAGCCAGAAUCGCUUUGGCGGUACGAGACGGCCAUUCGUUGGAGAUCAGGCAGCGGUUCUUCUGGACUGACUCAACGACGGUACUCUCGUGGAUCAGGUCGGAUCAACGCAAGUACAAGGAGUUCGUGGGCCUUCGUAUUGGCGAAAUACUUACCUGUACAAACCUGUCGGAGUGGCGCUGGGUUCCAACGAGGAUGAACGUCGCAGACCAGCUGACGAAGUGGACGAAAGAUCCUGAAAUCAGUUCGACGAGCGCCUGGUUCACUGGGCCGAGAUUUCUAUACCUGCCGGAAGCAGAUUGGCCGCAGCAGAAGUUACCGCGUUCAGAUACGGAGGAGGAACUGAGAGCGCAUCUGCAUGUUCACGACGUGCAACUUCCCGCUCCCGUGAUAGACGUCACCCGAAUUUCGAAAUGGACGGUCCUAGUAAGGACGCUAGCCUGCGUGUUCCGGUUCGUGUCGAACUGUCGAAGAAAGCUACAGGGGUUACCGCUAGAAAUGGUGAAGCCGACGAAAAGACAAGCACAGAAGAUUCUACCAAUCGAUUAUGCGGUGUUGCGGACGCCACUGAAGCAGAACGAGUACGAAGAGGCGGAAAAUUGGCUGAUGCGGAUGGCUCAGGCAGAGGCCUUUAGCGACGAACUGAAGAUCCUUAUGAAGAACUCGAAUCGACCGGCCGAGACUUGGUUGGAGAUCGAGAAAUCCAGUUUUCUCUACAAGCUGACUCCUCUCAUCGAUGAGAAUGGCCUCCUGCGCAUGGAGGGUCGGACUGGCCCGGCGAAAUUCUUACCAUUUGACUUGCGUUUCCCGAUAAUUCUCCCAAAGGACCAUGUCGUUACCUGGAAAAUUGUGCAACACUAUCACGAGCGGUUCGGCCACGGAUACAGAGAGACCGUCAAGAAUGAGUUGCGACAACGAUUCGUGAUUCCACAGGUGGGUAGUGUUGUAGCUAAAGUAGCGAAAGCUUGCAUACAGUGCAAGGUUACCAAGUGUCGUCCACGAUGUCCACGGAUGGCUGCUCUUCCGGUGCAAAGAGUCACCCCUUACCUACGACCAUUCUGCUUCGUAGGAAUAGAUUACUUCGGGCCGAUAACGGUGUCAUGCGGCCGCCGCAGUGAAAAGAGGUGGAUCGUUCUGUUUACAUGUCUGGUAGUCAGGGCGGUUCAUCUCGAAGUAGCACACUCUCUAACCACGCAAUCGUGCUUGAUGGCUAUAAACCGGUUCAUUGCGCAUCGAGGUCCGCCAUUGGAAGUGUUCACGGAUAACGGUACAAACUUUAAGGGGGCAAGUAAAGAAGUGGAAGACAAAGUACACAGCAUCAACGAGGACUGCGCAGAAGACCUGACAUCAUCUCGAAUGAAGUGGAAUUUUAACCCCCCGGCUUCACCGCACAUGGGUGGAGUAUGGGAGAGACUCGUCCGUUCCACGAAAGAUGUGCUGGGGUCGAUAGACGAUGGAAAGCGACUGACGGAUGAAAUACUUGCUACCGCGAUAGCCGAAGCAGCGGAAAUUGUAAACAGCCGUCCGCUAACGUACGUAGCACAGGAAUCGGAUCACUUAGAAGCCCUCACUCCCAACCACUUUCUCCGUGGAAUCGCCCCAAACGAACCGAGGUUCAACGUACCACCCGUCAAUCCUGCAGUAGCCCUACGAGAUUCGUAUCAUCGAUCGCAAGAAAUAGCUGACGAAAUGUGGAAGAGGUGGAUCAGGGAGUGCGUGCCCUCAAUCAACCAUCGUACUAAAUGGUUUAGUGAAGCAGCGAAUUUGAAGAAGGGUGACCUGGUGUAUAUCGUCGAAGGCGACAAGCGGAAGUGUUGGGUACGAGGACUCGUCGAGGAGCCGAUAGUUGCUGGAGAUGGAAGAGUACGCCAAGCCUGGAUUCGCACCCAUAGUGGCGUGCUGAAACGAGCGACAGCGAAGCUUGCCGUGCUUGAGAUAAGUGAAGGUGACGCUGGACCGGAUGUACUCCCUGGACCAGGUUCACGGGCCGGGGCAUGUUGCGGUAGAAACCGCAGGGCAGGCAACGCUGUCACUGUCGCAAACUGGCUUGGCGAAGCGAAGUUUUUCUUAGGCUUGGAGUUGCAUCGAGAUUCAGAUGGAGUGUAUAGUUUGAGCGUUAAGAGUUACAUCAAGAAAUUGAUUGCUAAACUUGGAUUGGAAAAUGCUAAAAUUGCUAAAACACCGAUGGAUCAAGGUUUUCUCAAGGACUGCACUAAAAGUGAAGUGAUGAAAGAUGGCACAAAAUACCGUAGCAUCGUUGGGGCAUUGAUGUACAUUGCUGUAUGCGCACGUCCUGACAUUGCUGCGAGUGCAUCGAUCUUGGGAAGGAGAUUCUCUGCCCCUACCGAAAUCGACUGGACUGCGGCAAAACGAGUAGUGAGAUACUUAAAAGGCACAAUCGAUUGGGAGUUGAAGCUGGGCGGUAUAAUGAACGAAGAGCUGCUAGCGUACUCGGAUGCCGAUUGGGCCGGUGAUCCACAGACGCGAAAGUCGAUGACUGGUUUUGUAGUGUUCUUUGCAGGAGGAGUCGUGUCGUGGGCCAGUAGACGCCAAGAUUGCGUUAGUCUUUCUUCCAUGGAAGCUGAAUUCGUGGCCAGUGCCACGAAUGUCAAGAAGUAA